AUGUCGUCGAGCGUCAGAGAGACCAAGCCAUCAGUUGGGGACCGAGAAAAGUCAAUGAGUGAGCUUUUCAGGCUCGAGGAGCGAACCAUUUUAAUCACCGGCGGUGGAGGAUCUAUUGGAUUGGAGGUCGCUCGCUCAGUGUUGGAAAGCGGUGGCGAUGUCAUAUGCAUCGACCGACAAGAUGAUCCCCUCAAAGAGCCAUGGAAUCGUGUGCUUGACGCAUCUAAGAAACAUGGGACGCAAGCAUGGUACUACAGGUGCGAUGUUACGGACGCAGACAACGUCAAAUCCGUAUUUGAGGAGUAUAUGAAGAAGACACGGUUCCCCUUCAGAGGCUUAGUUACUUGUGCCGGCAGUGGAAGUAACGCGCCAUCCAUCGACUUUCCGAUCGACAUGGCAAGACAAAUCAUGGAUGUUAACGUAAUCGGAACGCUCAUUUGCGCGCAGGCGGCGGCCCGUGAGAUGCAGAAGCAAGGGUCAGCCGGGAGCAUUGUUCUCAUUGCGAGCAUCAGUGCUCACGGGAGCAACAAGGGCGUCGACAGCGUGGCCUACAACUCCUCAAAAUCGGCAGUCGUCCAGAUGGCUCGCUCGCUCGCAGCGGAAUGGGGUAGCCGUGCAGAUAUACCCCUCAUUCGGGUGAACUCAAUCUCACCCGGGUACAUCCGCACACGACUGACGGAUAAGCCACUCAGCAAUCCUGAAAUGGAGAGAGAAUGGGUCAAUGGCAACAUGUUGAUGAGACUGAGUGAGGCGCAUGAAUUUCGAGGUCCCAUCACUUUUCUUCUCAGCGAUGCGAGCAGUUUCAUGACCGGAUCUGAUGUUAUAGUAGAUGGGGGCCACACAGCUUGGUAA